CGUGUUUACAUCUGAAUUUAUUCUUUCCGGAAGCGGGUUUUUAUGAAAACAGAACAGAACGUCUGCAAAAAUUUAUCAAGUAAAGAAGUCAGAACACCACCUUACAGUUAUAACAGAAAUAUACAUUCCAAAGAUACAGAUUUUCUACAAUAUGAUUAUUUUGAUUUCAUGAAGCCUACAGACUAUACAUAUUCUAGAAGCCCUAGCUAUAGACGUAAAGUUAGCAGCGAGCAUUACCAGAUGCCUAACAUGAAAAGGAGGCAGUUAAAAGGGGCAUAUGAGAAGAUGGAUGACUACAGUUCAGACGAAGAAGAGGAAGGAGAAGAGGAGGAACUAUCUUAUUUUACAGACGAAGAAAUUAUUAGUACAAGAACAAUAUUAGAAAAUGGAAUGUUGCUUCGAUCUGGACACAAAUUAAAAAAUAAAGAGACAUUUAUGGAGAAAAUGAAAUUACGAAGAUCAAUGAUGUCAGGGAAUGAAUACGAGGCUUUAACCUCAAGUAGUCGUAAAUCACAGACUUUGAACAAAACUACUGCUAGUACUGAUGUUCGAUCUAGAAACAGAAGAUCACUAAACACUACAACUGAGUAUAGUUCAUAUAUGGGAGGAUCAGCAUCAAACAGCCGAGGGACAACUAUGGAGUUAAACAGCCGAGGGACAGCUAUGGAGUUAAACAGUCGAGGGGGUAGAGGUCAUGAGUUAAAUAGUAGAGGUGGUGGUAGAGGUCAUACAAAUCAUUCCACAGAUAUAACAACUACUACGAGAAAAACCUUAAUAGAAGAAUUUGAAAAUGAAGAUAGCUUGGAAAAGGGAAUGAAAGAAACACAAUCAACGAAGAAAAAGAAGAAAAAGGCAGCUGUUAUCAACCAUAUGUAUGGUUUGGAUUCUGAAGAAUUGUCAGAAUCUGAAUGGUCAUUAAUGAAUUCAGCCUCAAACUCAGCCUCGACAGAGAACAACAGUAAAUACCUUCUGAAAGGUCAAAGUUCAUCUGACAGUGAAACCAGCGUUACCUCAACUGUAGUUACAACCAUUAUAGAAUCUGUAUCAUACAUAGCCAGUCCCAUAGUGACACCAGUGUGGAAUACAGUGGGACGACCUGCGUCAAUGGUUUUAUGGACUACUGUUUCAUCAAUUUUAAGUGUAUUACAUUUAGUGUUGUGGACUUCAUCAGGACAAUAUUUAUAUUCAUUAGGAAAAACUGUAUCAAAUACAUUAUGGAACUUAGUGCAAUAUUUUAUCAUGCAUUUCAUUCUAUUGGAUACUUGGAUAUUAAAAAGGAGAAAGACAUCAGCAUGUUGUUUAUGUUUACCAUUGUUAUUGUUGCUACCUCUCUUAUUUAUUGCCAGUAGAAGUGUCUUGCCGUUAUUAUCAGAAUCAUCAGAAUCAUCAUGGUUAUCAAUAUUUACCACAUCAUCAAACAGGGUCAUCAAAAUCACAGAUUCAGAGGGUUCCAGUAUCAAUAUGGGUCAUUUGGAAACUGAAGUAAAAAGAAUCAUUGUACAGCUUCAGGAUAAUAGGAAGGUUUUAUCUGAGGUUGAUGUUAAGGCUAUUGUACAAAGUAUGUUACAUCAUGAAGUAUCACAGCUGAGUAGGAGUCUAUCAGAGGAACAGAAUCAACAUAAAGCUGCCAUUAUGAGCCAGGGUAAUGAAUUUAACCAGAAAUUAAAUAUCAUGAAUUCACAGAUAUUAGAGAACAUUACAAUUUUACAAAAUAGGUUGUCAGCAGAAAUGAAGAUAAUUCAGAGUGAAGGUAGUUCAGAGUCAUCAGCAGCUGUUUUAAACAUACAAAAAUUACAACAAGAAAUAUCAGAUCUAAAGUCUGCUUUGAAGAACGUUGAGUUAUCACAAGAUGCACUACAAUUACAGAUGAAGAACUGUUGUAAGAAUGACAGUUUUUAUGCCAUGACUAUACAAACACAUGUCAAUAGGAUAUUACAACAGUUGAUGGCAGGUAAAAUGACAGGUAUAGAUGACCAAGACUCAUUCACUAAAUGGUUCCAUAAUCACUAUAUCAGUCGAAAUGAUUUAACUGACCAUAUGGAUAAGUUUGGUCAGGAGAUUACCAAGAUGGUCAUGUUAGAAGUAGGAAAACAACAGAAGACACAAGUUGUUCUUGGAGAGGGAGGUUUGUCGGAACAGAUUGUACAAAGAAUAGUAGAGGCAGCUUUGUUGAAGUACAGUGCAGAUAAAUUGGCUUUGCCAGAUUUUGCUCUGGAAUCUGCAGGAGGGAGUGUUGUCAGUACCAGAUGUUCUCAUACAUACCAUCGUAAAACAGCUCAGUAUAGUAUACUAGGUAUACCACUGUGGUAUGUGUCUAACUCACCAAGGACUGUUAUUCAGCCAGAAAUUUACCCCGGAUCUUGUUGGGCUUUCCAAGGAGCCCAAGGAUAUUUAGUGAUAGAGUUGUCUACUGUUAUAAACCCAACAGCCUUUACAUUAGAACACAUACCUAAAUCUGUGACACCUGAUGGUAAAAUUACAAGUGCUCCUAAAGAUUUCCAUGUACUGGGUUUAGGCAGAGAAUGUGAUACAGACGGUACACUUCUAGGAAAUUAUACAUACAAUGAAGAUGGAAAACCACUCCAGUUUUUCCCUGUGCAGGCUGCAAAGGGCAACUUCAAGUUUAUAGAAUUACGAAUAACAAGUAACCAUGGAAACCAAAUGUUUACAUGUCUGUACAGAUUUAGAGUUCAUGGAAUUCCAGCAGAGCAGGAUAGGCCAUAAAUUCUCUUACAUCCAAAAACAAAACUGACAAUCUGUAUAACAGUUAACCAAUAUAUCAAACACAUAGAUUUGCUUCCAGGAAAGGAACCAUGACUUCAAUAUUAACCAGCUUCAAGGGAAAUAUUAGCUACAGGGUAAAAAUACAUGUAUCAACAUAUAUCUAGGCAAGAAUGUGCCUGAAAAUUUUGAACAAUCAUAUUGUUCAAAGAAGGUAAACAAUUGGAAAUAGAAUAUGCAUAAUAAAAUAAGUGUAAUGUUGUCUGUACUUGAAAUCAUUGUAAGUGCUAGAUUGUAGAAUGAUGGAAAUUAAAGUACAUGAUGUAUAUUUAUUAUGCAAAGGAAAAUGGAAUGGAAUUUUGUUUUCUGAGAGGAAUUUGUUUUAGUACACUAUAUAAAGAUGCAUAAAAUAAAAACCUAAAAACAAUGAUUCACAAAUUAUUUAUGAAGUGACAAAACAGGGUUUGUAGUUGUAGUGUAUUCAACCAUUGUCUGGGAUUUACCUGAAGGACUUGAAAAAUACACCAAAUAUUUAUUUUGUUUGUUAAAAAAACAUCUUGAAAAUUUAUGUAUAAACUUUUAUUAUUAUUUGUUUAGAAAGGUGUUUAUUUUAUAAGAAUAAGUUAUUAGUUGUUUUUAUUUUUUUGUUGAUAUCAAUAAUUAUGCAUUGGUACAUGUACUAUUUAAUUUGCUCAAAACCACAUAAAAUUUGCCUCUAAAAAUGACUGUUAUAAGAUGAAUACUUUACAGUUUAUACAGCUGUUCCUUUAAAACAUAUACAUGGUACAUUGUACCCAAGGAAAGCAAUGUGUAAAAGGGGUGACCUUCUUUAGAGGUUAUUAUAGAACUUCUCUUACAUAUUCACAGUACAAAAAAGUAUCAAAUCCACCCAUUGGAAAGAUUUGAAUGUGUCUUCUCUGGUUCUAUAUAUGUAUUUUAUAUGGAACCUUCAUAUUAAAAGAUUAUUGUAAAUAUGAGAAACAAUUGCAUGUAAGUUGGCUCCCUUGCAGUUUAAAAGUAACUUUUCAUUAGUAUUUAUAUACAGAAAUUUUGUUUAUUUGUUUGACUGCAUAGCAGAAAAAGAACUCUUAUAUCUUUAACUCAAUUUUUUAUGCCCCACCUACGAUAGUAAAGGGGCAUUAUGUUUUCUGGUCUGUGGGUCUGUUCGUCUGUCCUUUCUUUCGUCCCGCUUUAGAUUAAAGUUCAUGGUCAAGGUAGUUUUUGAUGAAGUUGAAGUUCAAUCAACUUGAAAUUUAGUACACAUGUUUCCUAUGAUAUGAUCUUUCUAAUUUUGCAUCAAAAUUAAUGCACAAUUAGAGUUUUUACCCCAAUUUCACAGUCCACUGAACAUAAAAAAUGAUAGUGCAAGUGAGGCAUCCGUGUACUUGGGACACAAUCUUGUUUUAGAUGUAUGUUAUCGUUAUUAUUAGUUCAGUUUGCUUUGUAAUCAACAGGUGAACUUUUUCUGUUAACUUCAAAAUGUUAUCACUGUGAUACUUUCCACAGUACAGCUUUGCUGUAUUUUUACACUCAAAUCAGAAAAAAAUAGAAUAAAAAACAGUAUCCAAAGAUUUAUUCCAGAGAUAUUGGAAAUUUAAUUUAAUUUUUUCUUUCUUUUUUUCUUCAAUAACCAUUCAAAUGCUGCAUUUCUUGAAAUAAAAUGACAAAAUGUAUUCUUGAUUGUGUCUUCCCUGGUUAAUUUAGUCGAGCCAAAGGUGUCAUAGAAAUUUUAUCAAUAUUCUAGAAAUAUGGAAUCUCUUAAUUUAGGGAAAUGAUUAAUCAUAAGAUUUGUAAAUAUCAUAAUAUAAAUAUGAUUUUGUAAGAUAAGCAAUAGAUAAUUGAUUUUAUUGGUGGUUUAUAAGUUGUAAUAUUUAAAUGAUAACUUGCAUUACAAUAUUAUUUUAGGAGAAUCUCAGAUACUCUGUUUAUUUGGGUUUUUUUACAGUGCAAUUAAACAUUUGUAUAGCAGGUCAAAUGGCUGUAGUACAGUUCCAGUACAUUUAUUUUGAAAGAUUCAAAAGGCAGCUCAAUUAGGUUGUGUUUAUUUUUUAUUCAUUUAUUAUUAUUCUGUUUUUGCAUAUAUCAUCCAUGUUUUAAUGCAUAGUAGCUUUUUAUUUUGUCUUUAUAUGUAUUGCAAAACAUAAUUAAUUUCAGGAGAUCACUUAUUUGUGGAUAAUUUUGAAGAAUAAAAACGAGUUAUUUUUCAUUUGUUAGUUUUUGAUAUGGGGCCAACAGGAAUGUGUUCACUUUUACAGAUCUGUCAAUAAUUCAUAUAUUCUGUUUUAAUUUUCAGCUUUUAGCAAACUGUUAAGGCUAAAAGUUUGCAUGGCUGAUAUUUUCAUGUCAAAACUAGACUAAAGUUAUUUGAAAAAUCUAAAUUUAUUUAAUAGGUCAUACUAGGGUUUAGAUUAUAAUUUAUUGUCAAAAAUAUACUUUAAUUUUGCUGAAUAUGUGUUAUUGUUAUAAAAUCAAGGGUGAAUGAAUGAUUUUUUUUUCUUUUACAAAUGUCAUUAUUAAUUUCGUAACUAUUAUGCAGGCAUUGACUUAUUCAUUAUAAUGUUUCUCUUAUCAUAAUGUAGUUUGCUGGUAAAUUGAAAAUGAGAUUAGUUAAAACUUUACAUGUAAAGUAUUAUUACUGCCAAGAAUGUUUACUUGAAAUCAAAAAUAUGCUUUUUGCUUAAUGUGCUUUAUUUGUUAUAGAAUCAAAAUGUUGCACUGUUAAAAUUGUGUACAAACAUUAGAUUAAAUAGUGUUGUCAUCAUUAAAUGAUAAAAAGGACUUCCUGUUGUUAA